AUGCAGUACGGCCACCUGCGCGACAGCCGCGUCCUGAGCAGCAAACUCUCAUUGUUCAUCGUGAUGAUUACGUUUUCCGCGUUCCCAUCCCGGAUGAACAUGCCCUUCCUGCUCCACUUCACGCCCCUCCCACGACUUGGGGCGCCCUUCAAGAUCCCCGAGACGACGUACAACGUCUUCGGGGUGCACUACACGAGCCGGACCCCGAGUAUCAACGGCAGCCACCCGUUGCAUUUGAUUUUCCGCGUCCCACCGCUCUUCCACAAGGCCGCCUUCGGCAUCCAUGAUGGCAUCGGCAAGCUCUCCACGAUCUUCGUGAUCCUCGGCAGCCUGUUCUGCUCUACCCUCGGCAUCCAUGAUGGCACGGCCUCGCUCUCAGCGGUCUUCCGGGCCCCGGGACUCGUCUCCCGGGUGCAAAGCCCUGCGAAAGUAAUCCAGGACGAGCAACGCGCGCCGUCUGGCCGUGCGCUCAUGGGCCACGGUCAAGGGUCGGGGUCAGUGAGCACCGCCCUCACUGACGCCCCACCGACCACAAUCCAGGUACGUCCGCGCCGCAAGCCGCUGCCCGGCCACCUGGGUCCCGCCUCCCGCUGCGGGAGCGGCGACGCGGAGCGCAGUGCAGGCACCGCGCUCCAGCCACCGGCCCUGCCGAGGCCCCUGCAGCCAGCGACGGCCUUACCGAACCUUGCCCGGCUGUCGCGCCUGCCUCUCCUGUGCGCUGGGCGCUGCCCCCCCUGCGUGGGCCGCGCCGUAGCGGUGCUGACGCCUGACGCACUCUCCGCUGUUGAGGCCGCCCUGCAGCAGCCGCAACCUUUCAGCGGGGGUGCCGCUCACUGGCGCACCCUCACGCUCACUGGCACCAACAUGUCCGCCACGUACACGCUCGGGCGCGCGGCGAUGCUGGAAAUCUUCAAGUCCUUCCCAGCGGAGAAGGAGCGCAUGAGGCAGGCGCUGGAGGCCUGCCGCCAGGCCGCCCUGGCGCCGGAGGUGGGGCGGCAGGCCACCUCGGGCAGGCCCGGCGGGGGCCAGGACCCCGGCCCGGCGAGCAGCCGGGCGGGCCGCGACACGCCACCGCCACCCCGGCGCCAGGCGGCGGGCACGAGGUGCCUACCGCCGACGACUCCAGCUCACCGGACGACGGCGACGAGGCGGACCACGCCGCGUCCGCCAGGGGCGCCCGGCCGAUCAACGCCACGAGGUCCACCAGGCACUGCACGACGCCAGCGGGCAGGCCGGGCAGGAGGAGCACCUGGAUGAUGGCGAGCGCCAUGGCGGCCCUGGCGCCCUCGCCGCCGCAGGAGCCGGCGGCACCCCGCCGCGGCGCCGCCAGCGCCGCCAGCGACAGGGGCGCGGCGCUCGACACGCCGCGCUGCGGCACCGCGGGCACGGCGGGCACCGCAGACUCGGCGG